GCCUCCUCGGGGUCCACAUCAGAGAGACCAGCAGAGACUCUCAUCUCCAUGGCGUCCAGAGACAGACACAAAACGAGGAAGCCGGCGGUGGAGAAGAUGCGCCGAGAUCGGAUCAACGGCUGCAUCGAGCAGCUCAAGGUCCUCCUGGAGGAGGAGGUCCACAAGCGGGACCCCGACGCCAAGCUGGAGAAGGCCGACGUCCUGGAGAUGACGGUGGGCUUCCUGCAGCGGCGGCUGCGGCCUCGGGGCUCGGCCCCCCGCGGCGACGGCUACUCCCGAUGCUGCGAGGAGACGCUGCACUUCCUGCGCCGGCUCCCGAAGGAGGAGGCGCGCCACCCGGUCCUCUCCUCUGCGUGCGGCCGCGGAGACGGCGACCACGUCCCGGCUGCAGCGAAGCCGGCGCCUCCGGUGUGGAGGCCCUGGUAG